AUUAAAGUUAGGUUUCCAUUUGAUUGGAUAAAAACAAAGACUGGUUGUUGAGUCACAUUUCCUCUAUCUCUCAGAAUUCACAAGAAAUUGAUUUCACUCGAAGAACACAAAAGUCUCUCAGAUUUCAAUAUCGGUUUCUCCGAGUUGUAGAGAUGGGUUCUGAAGGACCAACGGCAGUGACAAUUAACAUCACAGGCUUCAAGAAGUUCCAUGGAGUUGCUGAAAACCCAACGGAGAAAAUUGCAAACAACCUGAAAGAAUAUUUAGUUAAGAAUUGUCAGUCGAAAGACGUUGUUCUUGAAAGCUGUACCGUGCUUGAGACCGCUGGUCAAGGAGCUCUGGCUUCUCUUUAUCAGUUACUACAGUCCGCGAUCAACACGAAGGAAUCAGAGUCAGCGAGUUGUGGAAAAACCAUAUGGGUUCAUUUUGGAGUUAAUAGUGGCGCUACGAAAUUCGCAAUUGAGCAACAAGCAGUGAAUGAAGCGACUUUUCGUUGCCCUGAUGAAUUGGGUUGGAAACCUCAGCAUUUGCCUAUUGUUCCCUCUGAUGGUCCAAUCUCAACCGUAAGAAAGACUACUCUUCCUGUUGAAGAGAUAACAAAGGCCUUAGAGAAGAAGGGCUUUGAGGUGAUAACAUCAGAUGAUGCAGGUCGUUUUGUGUGCAACUAUGUGUAUUACCACUCACUGAGAUUUGCAGAACAGAACAAGACCAAUUCACUCUUUGUUCACGUUCCUCUUUUCAUCGCUGUGGAUGAGGAGACGCAGAUGAGAUUCACAGCUUCUCUCCUGGAGGUACUCACUUCUGUUUGCAAGUAAUGUUGUCCCAAAUGUGGCUGAUUCUUGUUCAUGAAAUGUGCGUGUCAUGAAACUGAUUUGUCUCGCAACCAAAUACCGCUUAUCAAUAAAUGAAAUAUAAGUUCACUUCUCUACGUAUAUGCAUCAUCUCUUUCAUGUUUCAGAAGCAAGAUUCAUUUUCUUCUACAAAUGAUUAAUACACUGAGCUGAAAUCUCUUUAGACAAUUACUCUUCUUUGCCAAAUUCACAGUAUGAAUCGGCGUUUACAAUAGCUUCUCCUACUUGCAAAGUAUCUUUUAUUGUCUUAAUGUUACAAACUUGAUUGACUUCAAACCAAUCACAGUCCAAUGUAGGGUGUAUUAUAAUCUUCUAUAUUCUUCACUGACAUCAAAUCUAGCUAGCCUUACGUUUUGUGUGUGU